CCCCCGCGGCACUGGGACCCCCCCCGGCCGCCCCGGCUGUCCCCGGAGCUGUCACCGCCGCGUCACAGCUGCGACGGGGCCGGUUAAAAAUAGCAGCGGGGGGGGGGGGGGGGGGCGAUGGCCGCCCGGUGCCGCCUCGCCGCGCGCUUCCACCGCGUCCACGGCACCAACGUCCGCCUGGACGCCUCGCGCACGCGGGCCACGCGCGUGGAGAGCUUCGCCAACGGGCUCUGCUUCAGCCAGGAGCCGCUGGCGCCCGGGCAGAUCUUCCUGGUGGAGAUCGAGGAGAAGGAGCUGGGCUGGUGCGGGCACCUGCGCGUGGGGCUGACGGCCCACGACCCCCAGAGCCUGGAGGUGGUCCCCGAGUACUCGCUGCCCGACCUGGUCAACAUGGGGGACACCUGGGUGUUCGCCAUCACCCGGAGCCACAACCGCGUCGCGGCGGAGGGGGAGGAGGCGCCGGCGCGGGCGCGGGGCCCCCCCCAGGAGCCCUUUCUGCUGAUCGAGAGGGUGAGGAUCCCGCGCGACGCGCUGGUAGGGCGCAGCAGGCCCGGGCGCUACAGCCACAUCCUGGACGACCUCUACAAGAUGAACGUGCUGCCCGCCACGGCCCGGCGCAGCCGGAUCGGCGUGCUGUACACCCUGUGCCCCGACGGCACCGCCGACAUGCACAUCGUCAUCAACGGAGAGGACAUGGGGCCGAGCGCCCGCCGCCUGCCCGCCGCCCGCCCGCUCUACGCCGUGGUCGACGUCUUUGCCUCCACCAAGAGCGUCCGGGUGAUCCCGGUGGAAUACGGCUGUAGUUCCCUCCCUGCAGACCCUCUGCCGCCUGGUCAUCCAGAAGCACAUCGUGCACCGCCUGGCCAUCGACGGCCUGGACCUGCCCGCGCCGCUGAAGAGCUUCUGCAAACACGAGUGAGGUGUCGAGGGCGCUGCCCGGCUCCCCCCCCAGGGGCGGCCGGUGGGCUGCCCGGGCAGGAUCGUGCCCCUUGCUGCCCACCCGUGUGGCUGAGGGGCCGUGAGAGCAGGGGCAGCGCGUUGGGGGAACGUUCCUCCGUGCAGAGGGGCGCAGCGGGGCCGGAGUGAGCAAUAAAAGCGCUUCCAGCCAGAAA